GGUAGUGGUGUAGUGGGUUAGGUUUAGUGGAGUAGGUUUAAGUGGGUGAAGUAGGUGGAGAGUAGGUGGAUUUUAACAAAUGUAAACUAAAAUCUAAAAACAAAGGGCCUUUAAGUGAUAGGUCAUUUUUAUGCUUGUAUUUUUUAAUGUAUUUAAUUUCAGUCUGAUAUCUAUAGAAUUUGAAACUAUGUUCAGAACAAUUCUAUGCGAUCUGCUAUUUGAACUAAUAAAACCUGACAUUAGUUCUUCUUUAUGUUUUCUGAUGUUGUACUGUUUCAUUUUUUGUUUAUAUGUAAUAUACUCCUAUAUAACUAUAAGUAAUUUGAAUUUUAAUAAACUGCUAGCAUAGUAUCCACUGCAUAUUUCUUAAAUCAAUUCAAAAUAGUAUAUAAUAUGGCAGUUUAAAUGAAGUAGAUGUACAGAAGAAUAAUGAAUGACUUGUUUUAUGUUAAUCAGAGAUUUGACGACUAUGGUUUCUUGGUAAAACUUGUGGCAGAACCAUUAUUUGCAGGGACUUCGGGAAGAAGCCUGGGACCAGGUGGAGAAGUGCAUAAGACAUCAAUGUCUCCACCUCAGUCUAAGUUUGCAGUAAUAAUUUUGGUUUGCCACUUGAUGAGGUUAAAUUCUACAUGUGAUCUUGUGAAGUGGGGACCCCCCAUGUGGAAAUUCUUGAACAUUAUCUUAUUUAGCAAAAUUGCAGGAUGUCUCUACUUGCACAAGGAGUUGAUACUUGAAACAUCUUAUUGAGCUCGGGAUUUACUAUGUAUGAGUGUCGUCAAUUUGUUGAUGAGAUUACUGUUGGUUUUGUGGCACUGGUGAUGGAGUUUCAUGUUGUUUUGGUAUAGUCUGAAAUUUGGACGAUUUUAGCCCUCAUUGCUGAUGACCACGACGAUGAACAAACAAAGAGUAUCAUUCCACUUCCCCCUCUGAUCUCAUCUCCAUCCAAGAUCACUAGGAUGAGACACUUCUUAGAAAGUGGAUUUGAUGCAAAGAAGAUGUUGGAAAAGUUGUGGAACCGUCAGCUUGUAUUUGUUGGUGAUUCUAUUGGAAUGGGAUUCCUUUCUCUUCUCCACAUGCUCUCUUCAGCAAUUCGUGACAAGACUUCAAAAUAUUAAAAGUGAACAGAAGACCAAUCACAAAGCACUUUGGUUUCUUCUUGGUGUUCAAGUUUAGGGAUUUCAAGUGCACUACAUAGCUCCAUUUCUUGUAGUGGUUGCGGAGUUGUGCUCUGGCUGGUUACAGCUUUAGAAAGGCGAAGAAUGAAUUGAAGUUGGAUCAGUUGGAUUGUAGCUCGUCGCAAUAGAAAUGUGCCGAUGCCUUCCCUAGUUUUUAAUACUCGGCAUUGGAGUAGUAAUUAAAAGUUAGAGACAGACAGUGCAAUUUCACUGUGGUAACUAUGAGUUUGGAAAGUAAAAUUGCUCUUACCAAUUUUAUCAAAAACGGACAUUUUGAUCCAAA